ACGUGGAAACGAAGAAACGGAGUCCAAUAUAUAUAUAUAUAUAUUUAAAAAGGCAAAAAAGGAGCCUGCAAUUUCGACUUUGGAGGGGGUUCGAAACACGGAAUUUGUCGGAGGGCGAUUCAUUCAGAUUCUCCUUCUUCCUUCUCUCCCUUUUUCGUGACAGGUUAUUUGGGUAGAGAUGGGUGUGAAACAGGCUUUAAAGAAAUUUGAUGCGUUUCCUCGUGCCGAAGAGCACUUGCUGCAGAAAACACAAUCUGGAGCAUUCGUGUCUGUUAUUGGUCUGGUCAUAAUGGCCACAUUGUUCCUGCAUGAGCUGGGAUACUAUCUUACCACAUACACCGUCCAUCAGCAGAUGUCUGUAGACUUGAAACGUGGAGAGACUCUUCCAAUUCACAUAAAUAUGACAUUUCCUUCGUUACCAUGUGAUGUCUUAAGUGUAGAUGCAAUUGAUAUGUCAGGCAAGCAUGAAGUAGAUCUUGAUACCAAUAUAUGGAAGCUUCGCCUGAACAGUUAUGGUCAUAUAAUUGGCACUGAAUAUUUAUCUGAUCUUGUGGAAAAAGAACAUGCAACUCACGAUCAUGAUCAUGGUAAAGAACAUGAUAAAGAUCAUGAUGAGAAAUCAGGCCAUGAAAAUCAUUUACAAGGCUUAGAUGAAUCUGCUGAAAAUUUGAUCAAGAGGGUGAAGCAAGCACUGGCAAGUGGGGAAGGAUGCCGGGUUUAUGGUGUUUUAGAUGUCCAAAGAGUUGCUGGAAACUUCCAUAUUUCAGUUCAUGGAUUAAACAUUUUUGUUGCUCAAAUGAUUUUUGAUGGAGCCAAGCAUGUGAAUGUUAGUCACAUUAUUCAUGAUUUGUCAUUCGGCCCCAAAUAUCCUGGAAUUCACAACCCACUUGAUGGGACUGAACGGAUGCUGCGUGGCACAAGUGGAAUAUUCAAAUAUUACAUAAAGAUUGUUCCAACUGAAUACAGGUAUAUCUCUAAAGAAGUUUUGCCAACUAAUCAAUUCUCUGUCACAGAAUAUUACUCCCCAUUGAAAGAUUUUGAUAGGUCAUGGCCAGCUGUGUACUUCUUGUAUGACCUAUCACCAAUUACUGUGACCAUCAAAGAAGAACGCCGCAGUUUUCUCCAUUUCAUCACCAGGCUCUGUGCAGUUUUAGGUGGCACCUUUGCUUUGACAGGAAUGUUAGAUCGCUGGAUGUACAGGCUUCUCGAGGCACUGACUAAACCAAAUACUAGAAGUGCUAGAAGUGUGCUCCGAUAAACUGGAAGAGCUUAAAAUUACUAUUGACUCGUAUGUGCAUUUCUCGGGGAACUACUGAAGACCCAGUUAGCAGGUGACCUUGGAUGUAAAAUUGGAGGCCAGAGUUAAAAACUUGAUUGCUCAUAUAACUUGUUUGCUCCUCCUCUUUUGGCUGCCAACCUCUGUAAUUGCAUCACCAUCAUCUUUGUAUCUUUUCUUUUCCUGGUUUCCAAUAUUAUUGCAACUUCCUUGGGGUUUGAAGUUCAAAAUGAGUGUAGCUUAUCUUCAUCACACAUGUGGGACUCUUUAGGAACCCCUAAAUUUUUGAUUGAUUUCAAACUAGAUAAGCUUAGAACACCUAGAGCUUGCCUGUAAUUUUCUGGAUCUUUUGGAGUAUGCAAAAAGAACAUGUCCUAUUGAACUUAUUCCUAGGCAGAGGGACCUGAUGAAUUUUGUUAUAGAUAUGUCUCUGUGGCUGGAUUAUAUUCAUUAUAAAUGUGAAUCAGUUAGCAUUCCUUCAA